AAACUAUGGACAGUUAUUUUCAAUCGUUAAUGAGAAAUGUACAAAUUAUACUCUUUUUACUAUACUUGAAUAAUGGAAGUAGUUGGGAGUACCUUUAUUUCACCGCCAGUGCAAGCAUAUAAAAGGACAUGUUCAUGCAAUAUUAAAACAGAUAUAACACUUGAAAACAUUUACGACGCCCUUUAAACAUCAAAAAUAAACCUCUAUAAAGUAUAUCACUCGGAAAUGUACCCAUUUAUGACCAUACUUUAGUUAGAAUCUUUUUCUGAAAACCAAUUAGGGUUCUCUCUUUCUGAAAAAGUUAUAAACCGCUUCAAGGCUUGUAAACACUACACUUGUUAAUGUACUUGUUACUCUCAACGAAAGAUAGGAAAUGUUUCACCUAUCCUCAUAAAUACUUACCCUUCUUUUCUUUUCGUCCUUCAGAAUGCUAGUAUUUGGAUCCCUUUGUAAUCUUUGAUGAGCACUACGCUCGUGAAUUCCUACCAUGGUGACACCAAUAGGCCAUGGUGCAUUUCCAAUAGUAAGUUGCAAAUAGACGUCGUUUGCUUUCACAAACUCUUUUCUUUGGCAUAGGUAACAUAUCUCAGCAACCUUGGAUAAUAUAUUGUCAUUUAGCGAGUCCUCGAUGAGUAAUCGUAUAAGGGUCUCUAGGUCUUGUUUAGCUUGUCGAAAAAUUUUCAAUUGACCCUGUCCUUCGGGACUAUUAAGCUCAGAAGCGCUUUUCGAUGUUAGUAUUUUAUCCCAAACAUAUAUACCAUGUCGUAGGAAUGUAACGACUUGUUUGGAAACCCGUUGCCUUUCAUGACUAGCGCGCUGAUAAUCAAUGAGUUCAACACCUUUAAUCAAAAGCUCUUUUUCCAAUCGCUCAAUCUCUUUUUCUUUUUCAAUUCUGAAGAACCGUUUCAAUCGCGCUUCUUCGGAUUCGCCGAAUAACUUGAUGGGUUCCUUCAUUUCCCGAAGCUUGCUAAUGACAUCUGGAAGUGAAAGUUCUGGAUGCUCACUUUUGGUAGAAGGAAAUGAGGAUUUUGUAGCACUUUGAAAAUCACUUACACCUGGACUCGUUGGUGUACUUGCCGCAACAUGAGAAGAAGAACUCGACGGUUCAUCUACUUUUGCUAUUUUUGAGACAGGCUGGCGUCUUUCUUUUUCGUAGGCUUCUUUUUCUUCAUCUAAUUUUCGUUUCUUCUCUUGCUUUUUUAAUUCCAUUUCUCGCUGAUCUUCCAAAUAUCUCCUUUCUCUCUCCUUCUCCCAAUCUCCUCUUCGAAACGCUUUUUUGGCAGGAAUAUCAUUUUUACCUUCUAACUGUCGACGUUUCUUUUCAAUUUCUUCUUUUAGAAAGUCCAUUUACACCAAUUUAAUGAGUUUUACUUCAAGUCGGUCUCAAUCGCCGGUUUCAAGUGAAAGCGAUCCUGCCGUUGGCCCUUGUCCAUUCCUUAUUCAAGUGUAUCAUCAAUUUGAUACUAAAAAUCACAUUUUAGAUGUAUUAGAAGAUGUUGUACCCUCAAUUGAAAUAUAUGGAUGGAUGAACAUGACUUUAUAUGAGCUGGCGGUUUUUAUUGCCGAAACAACUUUGUUUCAGCAAGAAAACACUAAACACCCAGAGUGGAUGCUUCAGUUUCGCUUCGUUUUUCAUGACCAAUUCAAAGGGAGACCCUCCUCAAGAGAAAUGGGAACAGUAUGUUUGCACAAUCCCAAAUUAUUCCAAGGGACUAAGCUGCUGAAGGUGACUGGAAUGAAAUGUGGUGACCGUGUUGAUGUUUGUAUUAAGCCAAACAAAAUACGACUCCGAAAAUAAUAUGAAAAACAAUUCUACUUGGAGAAGAAGCAUAAGACACUAGUCUAUAUAGUGGCUUGCUGCCUUCCUAUCUUAACUAAUGAUUUUAUGUUACAAUAAAAGGAAAUAUAUUAUGGGUGGGAAAAUAUGUUAUGAUGAGUUGGUAUGUUAAUGAUCCGACUAGAAAAAGGUAGGAUAGAUUGAUUCAUGAGCCCUUCUUCGAGAAGGAUUUGAAACUUCAUCUGUUGCAGUGAUCAAACUUACGUCAAACAUAAAACAAAGGUCCUUUAAAACACAUAUUUCGAGAAUUAAAUAUUCUUACGGUUCAUUCGACACGUUUACGCCUAAACAAAUUAAGCCAAGCCGCCCACUGAGUCUAGAAGAUGCCAUAUAUCAGCACUCCUUUCCUAUCUUUAUUCUUGCAGAAAAAAAACAAAAAAAAAGAAAAGAAAAGAACAAAGAU